CGACUGUUAUUUCCAUCUCGACUGAUCGAAUUUACUUGUUCCGACUCCCUUUAAGGAUGGAACGUCUGGAACGAAGCCGGAACCAGGCGCAGUCAUUCGAAUCGGAGAGCGCUGGAUGACCCGGAAGAGAUUCUUCCUCCCGGAAGUCCAGCGUUCCCUGUCAGCGGCGACUGAGGGGAUGGCUGCCGAGCCUCGACCAAAGCAGCUCCAGUCUUUCCGCCCGGGCCGCUGACUCAACAAAGGGACCACCACCCGCCCACCCAGGGGAAAAGCCGCAGCCGAGUAUGGCGGAGUUAGUGGCUGGGGAGGGGCAGCCACGAGGCCGCACGCCCAGCCCGCUCCCAAUCUCGGGGCCGCCGAGCCCUCGCCCAGCUGCGGCCCCCGCCUGUCCCGCGCGGAGUCUGGAGCCUCCGCCGCCCGAGAAAGCCGCGGCGGGGAGCGGCGGCGGCUCCAAGUGGGUCCGGCUCAACGUGGGCGGCACUUACUUCGUGAGCACCCGCCAGACCCUCUGCCGCGAGCCCAAGUCGUUCCUCUGCCGCCUCUGCUGCCAAGAAGGGCCGGAAUUGGGCUCGGACAAGGAUGAAACAGGGGCAUAUCUCAUUGAUAGGGAUCCCACAUAUUUUGGUCCAAUCCUGAACUACCUCCGGCAUGGAAAACUCAUAAUAAACAAGGAAUUGGCAGAAGAAGGCGUCCUGGAAGAAGCUGAAUUUUACAACAUUGCAUCUCUAGUGAGGCUGGUGAAAGAGCGAAUACGAGACAACGAAAGCAGAACUUCUCAAGGACCUGUCAAGCAUGUUUACCGAGUUCUGCAGUGCCAAGAAGAAGAACUCACCCAGAUGGUGUCUACUAUGUCUGAUGGAUGGAAAUUUGAACAGUUAAUUAGUAUUGGAUCUUCAUACAACUAUGGAAAUGAAGAUCAGGCAGAAUUUCUCUGUGUUGUAUCGAGAGAGCUCAAUAAUUCUACCAACGGCAUUGUCAUAGAGCCUAGUGAGAAAGCAAAGAUUCUUCAGGAGCGAGGAUCACGGAUGUAAUCCAAGCAUCUAACUUUAAAACUCCCAGAUGUUAAAAGAGCAACUUAGCAGGGCAGAGCAUUUCUCCUGCAGUCCAACCUUGCUUUUGUACAGUAAUAAAACUAACACAAAGCAAAGCUGAGCCUGUCCUGCCAAUGGAGAAUUAAAUCCUGGUAAAAACCAAAGGCUCAUCCCACCCCAGUCACAGAAAGCUAAGAGAAAAGAAGAGAAUCUUCCAGCUGGAGAGCGCCUUUGCUUUUUUUUUCCUUGCUGUCUUGGCAUUGACACAUGUUUGGGGGAUAUAUAUAUAUAUUUAUAUUUAUAUCAUCACAGGCCUGGAUAAAGAGCAGACUUUUGGUUUCACACUGCUAUUUCUAAUGCUUCAGUUAGAAAAACUGUCCUAGUUAGAGUCAUUCAGGUCCAGGGAAAAUAGCUUUGAAAAUGAAUAAUUAAAUAUUUUUUCUUCCAUUUUCAUUCACCGAUCUUUUUUUAAAAAAAUAUGUUACUAGUU